GGAUGUCGAAGAUAGACAGUUUAUCUAUUAACAUCUUCCCCGCGUUUAUUAUUGAUGGGGGAAAUUAAUCAUAUCUUUUUUUAUUGCUUUCAGGUGAGUUGCCGGGGAAGGUGUCGGGUGGUGCUUGGUCAUCUCCCACAGGAAUGUCUCUUCACAUGCUGAGACAAUUGCUUCACGUGCUGAGACAUAACCCCACCCACCUGGCUGACCUGCGUUAUGGAGGUGUUGAGGACCUGUCUGGGUCUCCCCACACACACCACCCUCCCGGUUCCCUGCAAAUACUUGUGGAGGGGCAGGGGAGGGAAGAUGGCAGAACCCACGAAUACAUGGGCAGUACUCCAUCAAGCUGCUCACGUAACUACCUCUCGCCCUUCAUUUUUCCACCCUAGUAGGGUGAAUCGGUGUUGGGGGCAAACCUCCCAGCCUACCGCCCCACCUUCUACCUCCAGGUUCUGCUGCUGCAGCUGCUGUAGCAGCAGCAGCUGCAGCAGCCGGGGUGAGCAGUUCAAGCAGCGUCACCAGUAGUAGUUGCAGCAACAGCAUUACCAUGAGCAGUGAUGGAGGUGUGGUACUAAGUAAUAAGGGAGUGAGAACUACUGCCACAGUGCCACCUCUUGGGCUAAGCACAUCCCUAGCACCACUCACUACAACAGCUGGUGCUAGAGCACCUUCACCUACAUCCUCAUCUUCCUUUGCAGCAGCUCUGCGCUCUCUGGCUAAACAAGCCACAGCUCCCCCUGAGAAGGAAGGUUCCUUAUCAGGGGAGCCCCAGAGAGUCUCUCCUAAAGUGUCAGUGCUGACUCCGUCUACAACAGGACACAUAGGUAUAUCUACGGGUUCUGCACCGCCAGUUGUCACCAUUGCACCGACCCACUCCCAUGUUACUACUACUGAGGCUGACCGAGGAGCGAGUGUUAAUGAGGAGUUGGUGAGAGGUUUCCAACCUUAUCGCCCUCCAGAUGUGCAAGCCACACCUCCUUCAGCCACACCUGGAGCAUCUCUUCGACCUCCAAUACCUUCAUUAGAUCUCCCUCAUUCAUACCCAGCAUACCAUCCUUCACUCUACCCUCAUCAUUUGGCUCACCAGUACAGACUGGAGGAGCAGUUGUACCUAGAACGUUACGGGUUACUUCGGCCACCACUAAGCCCCUACAGUGUUGGAGGUCUCUCUGGGAUGUAUCCUGGGGCAGCCAGCUCUCCAUACCUCUCUUCAAGAUUUCCCCCUGACCUCUUACCCACCUCCUUAGCUGCUCUUCAUCCAUCUUCUGCAUUGCUCCAUGAGAGAUUAAAAUUGGAGGAGGAUAUGCGUCAACGAGAAUAUGAACUUGAACUCAGGCGAGAACGAGAACUCGAAAGAGAGAGAGAAAGAGAACGUGAAAGAGAAAGAGACCGUGAAAGAGAAAGAGAAAAGGAAAGGGAGAGAGAAAGAGAAAAGGAAAGAGAACGAGAGAGAGAACGUGAUAAGGAGAAAGAAAGAGAAAGAGAAAGGGCACGUGAAAAAGAGAGAGAGAGGCAACGGCAGAGGGAACAUCAUGAACCUGAUCGAAUCAAAGAAGUCUUUUUCUUAUCCAAAUUUAUAGAGCGAAGCCAGUGCCAUGAAAGAAAUAGAGAUCGAAGCCCUAUAACUCAGAGUGUUGGUAGUAGUGUUGCUGUGCCUAUAACCACACUUAGCACCAGUAGUGUAACUGUCACCAGCAACACUCAUAACCGUAAGAAUCAACCCAUUGGUGUUGCUACACAGCAGAUUGCACAACCCCUGAAUAUAAGAAGCCCUGUAAUGUUCAGACCUAUCAGUGAUGUAACAUUCUUGGGACAUGUUCAAGCCCAGGUUCAGACACAAACCAAAACCCAUAACCAGGCGACUGGUACUAGAGAAGACUCAUUCACACAUAAGCUGGAGAUUUCCAAAGACAUUAUUCAUUCCUCGGGAAAGCUUCGUACACCAGCCAUCGUCAGGCCAUUUGAGUCGACACCCAGUGAGUCUGUUCAACUGCCUCAGACCAUUACAAAAAAUAAUAGUGUACCUCAAACAGUAAAAACUAGUGAACCUGUAACUAGUCAGCAGACCAGAGUUAUUGUAGGAAAUGGUGAGCUCAUCCCUGCCAGUGAGAUUAAGAAAGAAGUUAUUGAGCCUCGGGGAGUGUGGCAACCAGUGCAGCUGGAUAAGACCAGCUGCAGUCCUGUACCUGUUGUGUCCAGUAACAGUGUACCUACAACUAUUCCCAACUGUGUGUUACCUUCACCCACAUCUAUCAAACCUCCCUCAACACCUUCACCACCACCUCCACCUCCCCCUCCACCCCCACCUCCUCCUCCUCCUCCUCCUCCUCCUCCUCCUCCUCCACCACCACCACCACCACCACCACCACUCCACCUCCUCCUCCUCCACCCCUGCCACCAGAGACUUCAGUUAGUCGCUUGGAUAUAGAAGAACGAAGAUUAAGAGAAUUGAGAGAGGCAGGGUUGGAAGUUGAGGAAGCAGAGGAAGUAUUACAGGAAGAGGCAAUGGCUCAGCCCAGAGCUGUCAUGCUGGUGUGCACAAAGGGUCCUCCGGCUCCACUAGAU